AUGGGACCGACGGAACAACAUAAAGUUUCUAGUGGACACGGGAGCAGCUAUCAGCGUUAUACCCCCAAAGAACAGCAAGACCGAAAGGCGACCCCGUAUAAACUCCAGGCAGCAAACGGCUCGACGAUCGAGACAUAUGGAGCCAAGACACUGACUCUGAACAUCGGUAUGCGGCGCGAUUUUACAUGGACUUUCACCCAGGCAGACGUAAAAACGCCAAUACUCGGUGCAGAUUUCCUGGCCCAUUAUGAUCUAGCCGUGCACAUGAAUACGAGAACUUUAUCAGACAAUACCACGAACAUUGCUGUUAAAGGCACCCUCUCUCGACACAACACCACUGGAAUCAGUGUGACAACUUGCCACGGACGAGAGUACAUCGAGAUCCUAAACAGAUACUCGGACCUCAUUCAACCACUCGCAGGUACCGGUCCGGCAAGACACCAAACACAGCACCAUAUAAAGACCAGUGGACAGCCCAUUUUUUCCCACCCACGACGACUUCCUCCUCAUAAGCUGGAAUACGCCCAAAAAGGAGACUACCAAGCUGCGAUCCUGCGCGACACUCCACCCAAGGACGAACUGACUACACCACAGCACUGUCCGCGUCGAUCCUCUCUCUCUGCAAGUACAGACAUCCAGGGAUCGACUGGACCUAGAACAUCGCUGGUUCCAUUCGGCCUACCUCCAAGCUGUCGCCUUGAGACCUGA